AUGUCGAACUCCGCAGGAGAAGAUUACUACCUUUCCUAUUACAGAUUGAUGAUUCAGCGCGGGCUUAGAUCCUAUAUUACUGUUUUUUUCAUACGCGUUCGCCCCUCUCCGAUAUAUUUGCCCAUUGGAACACAUCUCGAAUCCCAGGGAGUUGAGUUUGACACCUCGCCGCCCUACUGCAAAGGGCAGAAUGGACUGGCCGAGCGUACCAAUCGCACUAUCCGGGAGCGGAUCAACACGCUCCUGUCCGAUGCGAACCUUCCUCCUUCCUGGUGGAUCGAGCUGGUAGACACAGUCGUCUAUCUGAAGCUGCGCGCUCCAGCUUCAAUCCUUCGGAAGAAGACCCCGUACGGAAUUAUAUAUGGGAAGCCGCCAUCGCUGUUACAUCUACGACGGAUCGGCUCCCGUGCAUGGGUCUUAAUUCCAAAAGAGCACCGAGCUAAACUCGGACCGAGAUCAUCCGAGUGCCGACUACUUGGUUAUUGUGAACCAAACCAGUACAAGCUGUAUGAAAUCCAUUCUAGAAAGACUGUCUUUUCCCGUGAUGUCGAGUUCGAUGAGAGGACCCCAGUGGCGCCACUCAUCGAUGAGGAAACAGGCAAUGACCUCCCGGACAACGCUCCUCCAUCAGCUGUCUUUCCGUCACUGCCGAUAAGUUCAGCCAGCGGGCUGCCCACACCACCUGCUUCACCAUUGCCUCCGUCGGCUGAGCGAGAGAAAGCGCCAUCUGAGCGUGAAGAGGAGACACCUCCGGCAGUUAAUCCAAGCCAACAGGGAACUGACCUGACACAGGAUCUUGGAUAUUCGUUUUAUGGCCGCAGAAGAUGGCCUUCGCGAAGGUUGCUGGAAUCACUCGGCAAGGUGUAUUCGGCAGGCGCACUGAAAACUGCAUCUGUGAGCAAAGUCGACCCGUCGACUUUCCACGAGGCCGUGUCGGGCUCAAAUCAACAGGAAUGGUGGGCAGCCAUCCAGAAAGAAUAUUCGCCUCUUCUGGAACACGGAACAUGGGAAAAGGUUCUGCGAACACACGUACCAGCUGGAGAUCAUGUGAUAGGCUGUAAAUGGGUCUUCAAAACCAAAGCCAACGGAACCCGCAAGGCUCGAUUGGUCAUCAAGGGCUACCGACAGAAACACGGUAUCGAUUAUCAUGAAACAUUUGCAGCUGUGUCACGAAUGGACUCGGUGCGCUGCAUUGUCGCCAGCGCAGUGUUGCGCGGAUGGAAACUCCACCAAUUCGACACUGUCACUGCAUUCCUGCAUGGCUUCGAAGAGCCAGGAUAUGUUUGUCGGCUUCGCCGCUCCCUGUAUGGCCUCAAGCAGGCCCCGCGGAUUUGGUAUCAAUGCGCCCACCGCCUCCUGGCCGCCCACGGCUUCACCAUGGCCCAAUCGGACAACUGUGUAUUCUACAAAUCCAAUUGCGUGGUCUGUGUUUACGUCGAUGACUUUCUCAUUACUGCAGCAAACUCGCAUGAGAUAGAGCAAGUGCAACGAGCAUUGCAAGCAGAAUUCCAAUUGAAUGACCUGGGGACGCCACGCUCGUUCCUCGGGAUCCAGUUCGACUAUUACGUCAAUGGGUCCGUAUCCAUUCACCAACACCAGUACAUCCAGAAGGUACUCUCAGACUUUGGCAUGGAAACUUGUCAGCCGAAGUCUACGCCGAUGAAUCCCAGGCAAAUCCUGAAUCAUCGUCCAGACGAGGCACUUCUGGACGAGGAAGCAAAGGCUCGUUAUGCGACUGCCAUCGGUUCGUUAAUGUAUCUGAUGGUUGGCACGCGACCGGAUAUUGCGUUUGCACUAGGCACGUUAAGUCGCUUCACGUCUCAGCCGCAAGCACACCACCAAGUUGCUCUGCAGCGACUGCUUCGCUACAUUCAAGCCACACAGUCUCAUCGUCUCACCUACCGCAGUGGACAGCUAAUCGGGUAUACAGACGCCGACUUCGGGGGCUCUGUCGUUACUGACGGUGCAUACUCGACGUCUGGCUAUGUAUUCCAGCUUGCAGGGGCGCCAGUUUCCUGGUCGUCCAAGAGACAGGGGGAAGUGGCCACGUCUACGACACAUGCCGAAUACAUCGGACAGUACAACUCUAUUCUGCACCUGCAGUGGCUCCGCACCUUUCUAGCUGAAACGCAACUGUAUCGGUCUCCGGUCACUAACAUCAUGGCUGACAACCAGUCCGCCAUUGCGCUUUCUCGCAAUCCCGAGUUCCACAAACGGACGAAGCACUUCAAUGUGAAAUUUCACUAUCAGCGAGCCGUGCUGGAUGCAGGCGAGAUUGAGCUUCAAUAUAUUCCAACUAAGGAACAGGCCGCAGAUGGUCUCACCAAGCCAUUGGGGCCUACGUCCUUUGCUAAAUUUUGUAGUCUCUUAGGAAUUGACGCCUCAGAAACUCAAAGGCUUCAUGCCUGA